AUGACGGGAACUAGCAUCGCGCACCAUUUCCUAAAGAACAGCCCCCAAGAUUGGCCUCUCCGCAUCGCCAUGGUGGAAGCUCGACAAGCCUGUUCCGGUGCCACAGGCCGUAACGGUGGCCACAUUCGCCCGUCUUCGUAUGCAGAGUAUGAUCGAGCGAAGAGCUUCGUUUCAAAAGACGAAGCAGCAAGGAUUACGCGUAUGAGGGCCGCCCACAUCAACGCGCUCAUAGCGGCAGCGAAUGAGCUAGAUGAUGAGGGGCGUGAGGCCUCAGAAGCGAGGGUCGUGGACAGCAUAGAGGCAGUUAGGCAGUUGAAUGUGCUUAAGAAGGAAGUGCCGGAUCUUGGGAUCGAGUUCACGGCUUUUGACCAGGAGGAAACGCAAAAUCUAUCUCUCCGGUGGGAGGCCGCAGGCAUGAUCACGGGUAGCUCGAAGGUCGCAGGCGCCAUUUGGCCAUACCGAUUCGUCACGCAUAAAUUCAAGUCGCUCGUCGAUAAGUAUCCAUCAUUCUUCCUCGACAUAAAUAUGCCAGCUCUCAAUGUCUACUCAACCAACGCUGGCAAUGCAAUGCUUGAGGUCACAACAUCUCGCGGCAAGAUCCAAGCUCGCCAUGCGAUUAACGCAGUCACUGCUUGGAUUCCCCAUCUAGUCCCAGCUUGGUCUUUAUAUCGGGGUGGCUUGAGUUAUAUCGUACAAAUGCCACAGAAUGGAGAGUUCAUGUUUGGAGGUGGGUGUGGAGGAGAUGGCGCUGCGAACACUACCAAUGUCGACACCGAUGACAGUCUCCCUCCUAAUCACGGUACGGCCGCGUAUCUUAACGGCGCACUACCAGGCUACGUAGGGUAUGACAAUUGGGGGCCUGAGAGAAGCGACUUCCCCUCCGAAAACGGUUCUUUUAUUUUUCCUGGGCGAACGAAGAGGGUCUGGACUGGCAUGGAAGGAGCAUCUUCCGACGGCAGGCCGCUCGUCGGUAUGAUUCCAACUAGUGUUACCCGCCGAUCGGUUGGUGCUAUUACAACAAGUGCGCAAUGGAUUUUGGCGGCUUAUGAUGGAGAGGGCAUGUGUUUUGCAUGGCUUUGUGGACAAGCGCUUGCGUCUAUGCUGCUUGGUAGAGAGAAACGCAGCAACCAAACGCACCCAUAUUGGUUUCCUUUAUCGUUCGAGCUUACUGAGGAGAGAAUGAACAGCAGUAGUAGAGGUCGCUCAGCACACUUAGUGAAAUAUCAACAUUAG